CUACUUAUCUAUAUUUCUUUUAAAUCCAGAAAAUUAUUUGAGAAAGAGUCUUUGUGGAUUUCCAUAAAACUAGUUAAUUUCACUUUCAUUGGAUAACCAAAUCAUUGCAUAUAUGAGGAGCAGAGUGAAAUUACACAAACACUAGUUGCUUUAUUCUUUGGGCUAUCGAAGAUUUUGUCCGAGUUCUUGUAUUUACUCUUUCUACACUCUCUGUCAGCUGACCCUAUGUCGAUGCUCAUUUCUUCGGUUAGCACUGCGCUUGAAAUAACUGUAUAUGGGUGCCUUCUUCCCUUAAAGGCUGAUUUUGUUAGACUGGAUCGUAGUCGACUUGUUCGAGUAAAUAAGUUGUGGUAAACAGUUGUUUUAAUUCUCCAGAAACAACUUGGCUACACGUAGCCUUUCUAAGUGCUGGUGAAACAAUUUAUCAAUAGAGCUCUGCUGUAGGGAUAUUGGCUUCCUUUACCGGGUGAUUGAUGCAAGCAGAUGCAAGAGGUUGCAGGAGAGCGUGGAGGCUACCUGCAUGGGCGUGGCGCCUUGGACAGUGAUGAUCUACUCUAUCUAAAGGAGCAGAUGGAAGCAGAGGAGGAUGCAGAACGCCUCCUUCGUCGUACUGAGAAACGGGCAUUUGCUGCAUUUAAGAAAGCAGCGAGUUUAGCAGAUUCUUCACCUGCAUCAGUCCCCCUGCCACUUCGAGUUGAGCCCAAACCAAAGAGUGGAAUCAGACAGCAUGAUCUUUUGAGAAAGGUGGUGGAAAUUAAACCCAAACGGCUUAGAACUUCUAGCACCUCUGGUGGUAAUCAAUUAACUGCAGCUUCAAGUGAUUAUAGUCCCAAGAAUCUCGUGCCCGAUUCUCACCAGAAGGGGAAAGGGCAGCCUGAGGCUGACCAUGGGGAGAAAGAGUGGUCUUCAACAAGAUUGAAUAAAGCAGAGGGAGGUGGCAUUGUUGAAAAUCCUGUUAGGAGUUUACUAGGCUUAGCAUAUGCAAGUUCUGAUGAUGAUGAAGACUGAUUUGUGAAUCCAUAUCUAUUGGUGCUACGCUAUAUCCCGUUCAAUGAUAAGUACAAUCUGCUUUCUUUCUCGCUAUAAACAUCUUCACUGUCUGUCUGGUCGGGACUGCAUUGACAAAGCAACGUUAGGAUAUAUGCUAUAUGCGGUACAGCCAGGUGUUGGAUUUCCUGACUUUUCAGGAAUUGGUCCGCACCCUUCUGAAAGUCAGGUCCACUGUCGAAUGGAUCCCUGUUUUGUUUGUUUUGGGGGGGGAGCAGAAAUGAACCUUCGAUUUUAGAAGGUAGUAAAGGUAGUACUUGAUUUUGUAAAGUUUUUCAAAACUCGUUUGGUCCUUAGACGUGUCAGCUCAUGAAUGCAAUAUUAUUAUGCCAGCUUCUAAAAA